AUGGACAUGCAGGCGCUUCCUGCUCCAGACAACAUGGAGCACGACGAAUUGGACAUCAUGCACGCGUUAUCGCCACCCCCCAUGCAGCCUUUGGUGCUUUCCGCCCCAAUCAAGCUCACGGUGCCGGCGCCUGGCGACGCGCGACGGUCCCUGCGGCCUAGGCAAUCCAUCCCAAGUUAUAUUACCGGAAAGGGUGAAGGGAAUUUCAAGCUCCCGCGCACGUUGAAGCGCAAAGCGUCGAGUUCUUCGACGGUGGAAAAUCAUCCCGAGCAGGAACACAACCUGAAGAAGACGAAAAAGGAGAAGGAGAAGGAGGAAAAGAAAGUUACGAUGGAGGACAAAAAGGCGCUCACCAUCGUCGUGAAUGCGCGAAAAGUGUCAGUGGAGGCCGCCCGCCGUCGGUGGCUAUACCGACAUCGUGACCUCUUCGUGCCGCUCCUACCCGCAUCGUCGACGUUCUUUCUGAACCUCCAGAAAGAGAUCGAAAGUGCCGCUUCCGAAGCGCCUGUCAAGGGCGGCAGCACUGAAUAUAUCCCGUUUCACGAGUUGGACGAGCAACCCAAGCUUGUUACCGGCGGAACUUUGAAGGACUACCAGCUUCACGGACUUAGUUUUCUAGUUUGGAUGUGGAAGAACGGAAUGAACUGUAUUUUGGGCGACGAAAUGGGACUAGGCAAAACUCUUCAAACCCUCUCCCUCCUCGCGUACAUCGCCGAACACUCCAAAAGCACGCGGCUUGACCCACACCUUAUCGUCUGCCCGCUCUCAGUCCUCCCAUCCUGGCUCUCCGAAGCCGCGCGCUUUGUACCCUCCUUCCGCACCCUUCGCUUUCACGGCACUCACGCAGAACGCGCGAGGAUCAAGGAGGCAGUGAAGAACGGCGAGGAGCAGUAUGAUAUAUGUGUGACGACGUACGAUGCGUAUGCAGUGGAGGAUGGCUGGUUCAAGAGCCGACGGUGGACGUACUGCGUGCUUGACGAGGGCCAUAAGAUAAAAAAUGCGGAGACAAACAUCUCGAGCAAGAUCCAAGGCAUCAGCGCCAUGUACCGUCUGAUCCUGACGGGCACGCCGAUACACAACAAUCUAUACGAGCUCUGGUCUCUCCUUCAUUGGCUCUAUCCGCAGGUCUUCACGGCCUCGUCGGAGAACAUGUUCCGCAACUCUUUCGACCUAUCAAAGGGUUCAUAUUCGCUGCCGUUCAUCAAGGCCGCGCAACAGCUUCUGCGCACGAUAAUGCUCCGGCGCACCAAGGCUAACGUCGAAAUGUCCGUUCCCCCAAGGGAGGAAUACACCGUUUUUGUCCCUCUCACCGAGGCCCAGCGGUUCUGGACGCUCCGGCUGCUUACGAGAUUAGAUGCCGUCGACCUCAAGCAGAUAUUCACGGAAGAGCUUUCGAGGUCCGCGGUGAAGACGGAAGGGAGGGAUAGCGAGCUAGAAGAGGGGCGAAGGGAGGUGUUGAGACACAUCACGGAGCAGGUUCGGGGCGGCAUGACUAAGACGGGCGAGCAAAACCAAUGGAAACGUCUAAUGAACCUUCUUAUGCAGCUCCGCAAAGUGUGCGAUCACCCGUACCUCUUGCCAGACGCGGAGCCCUCUCCAAUCGUGAUCGGAGAGCAUCUCGUGGCGGCUUCAUCGAAGCUCAUCAUGAUUGACAAGUUGCUAGCGGAUGUCUUGCCGCGAGGCGAGAGGGUGCUGAUAUUCUCGCAAUGGACAGGGAUGUUGGAUAUAUUGGAGGAUUUCAUGACGUUGCGUUCCAUCCCCUACGCGCGGUUAGACGGAAGUACGACGCGCCCGCGACGCGCGCUUGAUAUCAAGCUAUUCCAGCAGGAUAAAUCACCGUACAGUGUAUUCCUCAUUUCAACGAAGGCCGGCGGACUCGGUAUCAACCUCACCAAGGCGACCACGGUCAUCAUGUGUGACUCCGACUGGAACCCUCAAAACGAUUUGCAAGCCAUCGCUCGCGCUCACCGAAUCGGUCAGACGAACACGGUCAAGGUCUACCGGCUUAUAUGCCAUAACACGGUCGAAGAUCAGAUGCUAGAUCGAAUUCGUAGGAAACUGUUCCUCUCCGUAAAGGUGAUGGGCUCUGACAACCCGUCGAACACGGACGCGUCAUCAACUCUCAGAUCCAGCGAGCUCAUGGAUAUCCUACGGAAGGGUUCGAGCGCGCUCUCUACCGAUGGAGGCAUGUCCCUCGGCGAGUUCCUCUCCGCACCGCUUUCCUCCGUCCUCGACGCCUCGCGUGCGGCCGAAGGCACGCGUGACGCGAAGAUGAAGCACGAACUCGCGCCGAAUGCGGAGCAGGUAGAUGCGAAGGCCCUCGCGGACGCAGAGGAAGAGGAGCGCGAGCUGCUGAGCGGAGUCGCGCAGGUACAGAGCCGUAUCUUCGAGGGGAAGCUGAUCGAGCGGGGGAAGAAGAAGAACCACCAGAUCGCCAACGAGUGGCAGGCGCUGCAGGAGAAGGCCAAGGGUAAGAGGGUGAUCAUGGAUGGGAUCGAGAUCCCGGCGAGGACCGUGCCUGCUGCUGCUCCGGCGGAGCCGAAGGCAAAGCAGAAAGGCAAAGCAAAGUGGGAUAGCGAGGACUGGUGUCACUACUGUCGAGAUGGUGGCGAGCUCGUGUGCUGCGGGCGGUGUCCUCGAGUAUUCCACAAGGAGUGUCGCGGGCUCACUGCGGCACAACUGAAGAGGAACUUUGCGAUUAUAUGCGAGCAACAUUCGUGCGUUGUGUGCAAUCGCUCCACGGGAGACGCAGGCGGAAUGCUCUUCAGAUGCCAAACGUGCCCCCAGGCCUUCUGCGAAGAUUGUCUGCCGGAGGGUGACAUCGACGCCGUCGGCGAGACGCUUCCCGAAUUUCUCCUUCUCGGCUACGGUUUCUCGCCCUCGGCGUACUAUAUCAGAUGCCACGACUGCCGACAACGUUUCAUCGAGGAGCCUCGCAUCUGGGAGUCGUGGCAGGAGGAAGAACGCGAGACGCAGCGUAAAUUGGAGGCGCUGCGGAACAAUGAGGUGGUGCGACAUCUGCUGUAAAUUAAU